GAGGAGCGUUCUGCACUCUCCUUAAUAAAUAUGGGAAAAUCCCGGAAGAUCAGGCUAAAGCCAACAAUGGGGUAUGUUUUGGAGAAACAAGAAUGAAAAAAAAUACAACUUUUCGAGCGUCGCCUUUUGCUGCUUUAACCUGCAAUCCCGUUCUUGCGUCUUCCUUUCGAAAAGGGUGGGCUGGAGAAAUUGCAUGCCAAGAGAACAAAUUAAUAUUAAUUUUCCUCCGCAGUUCUUUCUUUUCUUUUUUUUUUGGCAUCGGGGACAUUCUGGGUUCCAAAACGCCAGAGGCCGCAUUCCCAAGAACAGGGCUCCGCAGGAGAAUAUGGCCAAUGGCGUUGAGGAACUCAUCGGGAUCCCCUUCCCAAACCACAGCAGCGAUGUCCUCUGCGGGCUCAACGAGCAGCGGAACGAUGGCCUUCUGUGCGACGUGAUUCUCCUGGUCCAAGACCAGGAGUACCGCACCCACAAGUCCGUGCUGGCUGCCUGUAGCCAGUACUUUAAAAAACUCUUCACCACCGGCACUUUGGCAGACCAGCCCUACAUCUACGAGAUCGACUUUGUGACGCCCGAAGCCCUUUCCGCCAUCCUUGAGUUCGCCUACACCUCCACCCUGACCGUCACCGCCGCCAACGUCCAGCACAUCCUCAACGCGGCCAAGAUGCUGGAGAUCCCGUGCGUGGUUAAGGUCUGCCUCGAAAUCAUGCAGCCGGGGGAAGGGGCGGAAGGCGAGAAGGAGGUGGAGGAGGAGGAGGAGGAAGGAGAGGAGGAGGAGGAAGAGGAGGAGGAGGAAGAAGGAGCGGGCGACUUCGCCGAACGGAAUCGAUCCGAUGCUCAAGAUCUCAGCUGCCGCCAACGUCCCUCCAAGCCGGAACUUCCAGAGGAAGUCUUCCAGGAGACCACCGACGUCUUCUCCACCCGUCCUCCGUCCGGCAGCUCCAAUGGCCCACUGGGCCUUCUCCGAGACUUCUCCAUCGAGUCCCUCCUGAGGGAGAACCUGUACCCCAAAGUGAGCCUUCCAGAACGCAGGCCGGUCCUGUCUCCCUUCAUGCCCGACCUCUUCCCCCAUCUCUGGAACGGGGACUUUGGCCCCUUUGGCCCGGUGGAGGCGCAGCAGGUGGACAGCGCCCCCUUGGACUUGGUGAUCAGAAAGCAGAAGAUCAAGGAGGAGCAGAAGGAGGAACCGCUGCCCAGCCCCUUCGCCCACAGCCUCUUCAAGGAGGUCUUUGCCAACACGCCGGCGGCCGCCCCCUUGGGCCACGUGAAGGCCGAGAGCGACUACGGCGCCUACUUGAACUUCCUGAGCUCCGCCCACUUUGGCCGGGUCUUUCCUGGCUGGCCCGAAGAAAGGAAGAUCAAGCCCAAAGCGUCCCAGCAGUGCCCCAUCUGCAACAAAAUCAUCAUGGGGGCUGGGAAGCUCCCACGGCACAUGAGGACCCACACGGGGGAGAAGCCCUAUAUGUGUAACAUCUGUGAAGUCCGGUUCACCAGGCAGGACAAGCUGAAGAUCCACAUGCGGAAGCACACGGGGGAAAGGCCGUACCUCUGCAUCCACUGCAGCGCCCGGUUCGUCCACAACUACGACCUGAAAAACCACAUGAGGAUCCACACCGGCAUCCGUCCCUACCAAUGCAAGUUCUGCUACAAGAGCUUCACCCGCUCGGAUCACCUGCACCGCCACGUCAAGCGCCAGAGCUGCCGCAUCGCCCGGUCCAGGAGAGGACGCAAGUCGGCACCCUGGAGAGCGGCCAGCCUGCUCUUCACCCCGACCGGACCGCCGGAUAACAAGACCUUCCUGGUGCCCCCGGCUCUGGAGGACAUGAGUGGCCACUUGGGGGGCCCGGGACUCUGCCUUCCGGGCCCCGGGCCCUUCCUGGAAGGGGCCAAGAACGGGUUGAACCUGCAGGAGCUGCAGAACCAGCUGGAGGCGACCCAGAUGAAGCUCUUUGGGCGGACACACCUGGACCUGGAGCACAACGGAGGCCUCUUCGCCUUCGCCCUGAGCCACGGCGAGGGUCUCUCGGGACGGCCCUAUUUCUCCCUCCCGGAUCCUUGGGUUUCGGGGUUCAACGGACUGGCUGCCCUCAACCCCCUAGCCUCUCUCUCUGAAGCUAGCAACUGAGUUGACUUCUCUUUGAGGGACGGGUUGGACCUGUUCUCCAGAACUGCAUUGGUUCCCAGUGAAGAAGCAAGGACAUAUUUUUCCUUUAUAAAAGGACUGUCUUGAAAAUUAAGCUCCCUUUGGAACUUUUUUUCAAAAUGCCCCCAAAAGACUUAUCUUCUUUGCUCCGACAAAUGCAGGGAAGAAAAACAGAACUUCCAGCAGCAAGUUCAGACUUUUUUUUUUUUCUUGGUUUAUUAUCUUUCUGGGUGACUCUUUUACACCUUAUUUUUUGGGGGGGGGGUUGAUUUUGGAUUUUGACUUCUUUUUUUUUCCCUUUUUCGGGCUGCUUAAACAACCCAGAAUCCUUGUAAAAUAUCCAAAGAUUCUAAAGACUGUAAAAUCCAAAAAAAGAACUGGGUGCAAAAAAAAAAAAAAAGAUCCUUCUGCUUCCCCCCCCCCUUUUUUUGGGGUUACAUUUCCUGAAUGAUGGAAUGGGGGGGAACGUGGUAGCAAGGGCGGGAAAUCCUUUGGAAAUUUUUCUAUUUAUAAUUAUUUUUAUGUGAUUGCUUUAUGUAAAGAAAGAAAAGAAAAGAGAAAAAAAAACAAGACAUCAGACAGAUCUGCCUUAGAUAAUCGAGGGACAAUCAUCCUUAACUUGGGUUGAAGUUCUAGAUUUGGGGUUUCUGGAAGGCAAGUAAAUACGCUUUGUGUAUUUAUUGAGCAGUAUUAACUGAUUUUAUUAAAUUAUUGGCCCCCUGCAGGA